AUGCCAAAAACAUCAACCUUCUACUUCCCCACCCACGAUAUCUCCAACGAUAGAAUAAAGCUCACCCCAUUCAACCCAGACCACCACGGCCCAACAUUCAUACACCAUGCAUCUAAAGCCCCAGAAAUAUUCUCGCACAUGAGCAUUAACCCCUGGAACUCACUUUCUGACCUCCAAUCCGCCUUCUACGACAGCCACGACAGACAUAUCCUUUCAUACGCAAAUCCCGAAUCAUUCGCCUACGCCAUAAUAGACAAAACAAAGCCUCCGUCAUCCGAUGAUGCGGAAGGAGAACUAGCAGGAACGAUUAGCUACAUCAAGACAUCUCCAACGCAUCUCAGCACAGAACUUGGGUUUGUGGUUGUUCUGCCGCCUUACCAGAGAAGUCAUGUCGCGGCUAAUGCGGUGGGACUGCUUUUGCUGAAUGCUUUUGCGGCGAAAGAGGAGGCGGGUUUGGAUUGGGGAGGUACUAUGAAUCCGGGUAGUGUGCGGUUGGCGGAGAAGAUGGAGUUUGAGAGGAUUGGGGUUACGAAGUGGCAUAUGAGAUUUAAUAAGGGUGCGAUCAAUGGUAAGGUGGGGCAUGGCAGGGGUUUACCUCCUGGUAGUGAUCCUGAGGAUCUGUGGAGGGAUACGGUCGAGCUAAGUCUUUCUUGGGAGGAUUGGUUGGGUGGUGGGGAGGAGAAGGCGAGGUCGGUUAUGGAUCGAUAA